AUGUCCAAAAUGUGUGUGCUUUCUUUUUCAUCGUGGUUGAUUCUCUUGUUGUUGGUGUGCUAUGUAUACGCUACUUCUCCCACAUUGUUUGGAAACACUAUUGGAAAUCAAACUAGAAGUACAUAUGACAAUUUUGAACAUCAAGCUCGGAUCAUCACGAGCAGCAACAGAGCAUUCAUGUCGUGGCCAUCGCAUAAAUCAAGAGCUUCUCACUUUCAUUCUCAGUAUUAUUUGAAAUUGAUGAAAGAAAUCUCACCAUUGAAGGCUUUCCAUGACAAGUCAUCCUCAAACAAAUAUUCUCGUUCCAGUCAUCAACUCAACGAGUGGAAAGCAGAGAGAAUUGAUGAGAACUUAAAACGUCAAGUCAUGGCUCACACAUCAUUGAACACUGCCGUUCCACAAGACUUUCUUCUACCUCGACCCAAAAUGUAUUCUGGCAUUCAAACUAAGGAUUCUAAACCUCUCUAUUUUGGUGUUGCAUGGAAUGAAUAUGAUAAUCAACAAUGGGGAUUCAAAAUUCGAGAGAAUGUUUAUUUAGAUGAUAUUCGUUUCAAUACGUUGAAGGUGGAACGAGCAGAUCCUCUCUCAUUUUCUAAAGUCAUUGUAGUGGAUCAGUAUUUGACCUACGUUCGGUUGAAUAUCACUACUGUGAAAUAUACUGGAACUAAAAACAAUGCUUUUGCUGUGAAAAUUACAGGUGAAUCGGUCUAUGAUCCGAGAAGAAAGGAAAAAGUGGAUGAUCAUAUUUCUGUCUACUUUUAUGUCGGUGUUUCAGAAGGACAAGUGAAUGAUGUGAAAAAAGAUCAGAAUUCUGGUCAAUUUGUCUUGACAGGAUAUGACAGUUCAUCGUAUGGUUCUUUCAGAUUGAAAACAAGUUCUAUUAAGGCAGGAAAUAUGAAUCCUAAUAGUUGGAAAUAUGACAAUGCCAUGGAUUCGUUCUAUUUUGUGAAUUAUACAGAGAGACCAUACUAUGCAACGUCGACUAUUGAACCAAUUAUUAGUGGAGGAUAUGGAAACGACUACACGAAUAAUCCUUCGUGUUGUCAAGCCACAGGAAACCAUUUUAAUUUAUUGCCCAAUGUAAAGGUGGCACCAUCCAGUAACAUUGGAAUCAUUCAAAAAGUGUUGAAAACUCCUUUUGAGUGGAUUGUGACCUUUGAUAAUCCCAACGCAAACCCAUUGUCAGAUGUGGAAAGUUCUCCAGGCUACAUUGACCAUUUAUAUGAAAAGUACCAACAACAAUUUGAGACAGAUUUCAAUGACAAAUUUCCAGUUUUGAAUUUCCUAAAGAGUCCUGUACCAUUGUCCUCCUCAUCUAAAACAAGCUCAUCUUUAGAAAUCUCCAAAGAAGACUAUAGAGAGUUUGCCAUGCAAGUAUUGAGUAGCUUAAUCUAUGGUCUCAGUUACUUUGAAGGAACAGGUUUCUACAAGAACAUGAGUGAUCCUUCUCAGCCAGUGAUUGUCAUGCAAAAUCGUAAACUCUUAUCUCUCAUUCCAAACAAACAAUCAUUCCCUCGGCCAUUCUAUUGGGAUGAAGCUUUUAUGGAAAUGAUGCAAGUGCGAUGGAAUGGUGAUGUUUUUGAAGAAGUGACAAGAUAUUGGCAUUUUGAAGCAAUUUUGGAUAGUAUUUCUGGUUGGAUUGAUCGUGAACAAUUUAUUGGAGAUGAAGCUCGUUAUCAACAACCCGAAUGGGCUUGGUACGGCUUAAAUAAUCAAAUGAAUCCUCCAGUGUAUUUUAUUACCAUUGAAAGAUAUGCGCAAAUGUAUGACAAACAGAGAGUCAUUCAAUAUUUUAACAGAACGGGACUAUUUGAGAGAAUGGAUAAGAUCUUGAAUUGGUAUCUCACUCAUUUACAAGCGAAAGGAGGUAUUCCUUACACGUAUUGUUGGGGAGGUCGCUAUUUUGAUUGCUCGUUGGAUAGUGGUCUCGAUGAUUUUCCUCGAUUUCCACAAGUUGAGCCUGGAGAAAUCGAUGUCGAUAUUCAAGCAUGGCUGGCUAAGGCAGCUCUUGUGAUGAGUAACCUAUCCAAGUUGCUGUCAAAACCUCAAAACAUGAUUGAUUAUUAUGCAUCACUGUCAGCAGUCAUUUCGAAAAAUUUACAUGAUUUAUUUUGGAGUGAAUCAUUGGGAUUUUAUGUGGAUCGAUCGAGCAAGUUUGGAAUGGGUCAUCACAUUGGAUACAUUGGAAUGCUUCCAAUUUGUCUGAAUUUGGAAAGAAAUAUGACUCGAGUAGAACAAACAAUUGCUAAAAUGGGAGACCCAAAUUUAUUAUUUUCAGAAGGACAUGGCUUGUUAUCACUCAGUUUUAAGGAUGAAAACUUUGAAUGGUCUGGUCAGUAUUGGAGAGGCGCUAUUUGGGCUCCAUUUACCUAUCAAUGUGCAAGAGGAUUAUACUAUUAUGAAAAGCAAUAUGGACUUUCAUCGGCCGCUCUUCUUCGAAAGAAAAUUCAAAAUGCUUACAUUAACAAUGUGAUGAAACAUUAUCAUGUUGAAGACAAUUCCAUUGGAGCUGUCUACGAGACCUAUCACCCCACGGAUGGCAGAGGUUUCAACAAUUAUCCUUUCACUGGAUGGAGUGCCUUAGUUGUACUUCUCAUGUCAGAAGAUUAUCAAUAG